AUGGGCACCGCAGCCUGCGAUACCACGAACGACGCGCGUGACGUAAACUUUCUGUGGCAAAAUGCACUCGUCGAGUACGCUCAGGAGACGGGGACCGAUCUUCUUCGACAUGAUUUAGCCAGACUCCUGAGCUGCGAAACCGUCAAUGAUAUACUGAUCGACUUGGACGAUGAGAUGAGCGCGUUCAGAGCCUUCAGAGUGGACGUCAAUUGGGCGGUCAUCAGAAAGCUCGUGGGGCGCAUCGGUCGCUGCGCUCUAGGCCCAGGUGGCAGUAUAGCGGGGACGGACGCCUACGAUCCAGGUCUUAUCGGCAAGACUAUCCUCGUCGCAGUGGGCAUCAUACUCAUUGGAACCAAGGGAGACCUCGGUAGCCCACACCGUCAAAUACUCGAGGAUGUUCUCUUGAAGCUAGUUCUGCCUCUAGAGCGCUUUCGGCUUCGUCGGGAAGUCGCUUCACUACGCUCCAUAGCCCAAGAGAGGGCCGCGGGUGUACUCGCCCAAGCACUGCGCAUCCUUGCUCUUGUGACGAGCCGACAUCGUUCUGUGCAAUGGUCCGAAAUGCUCACGGAGGACGAUCGCGUCCACGAAGCACUACAGCAACUGGAUCAAUCAACAGCGCUUGAGCAGAGCUUGAUCGAUGCACAGGAUUACGUGGCAGUGCAGCGUGUCUACGAGGAUAUCCAGACCUUGCGCAGUGAAACCCAGGUCCGCCUCAAUGCACUGCAAGACUACGAGAAUCAUCUCCGGGAUGUGUUACGCAUGCAAGUUGAACGGGACGCCAAUGAGGGCACAACUAUCUCGUGUCCCGUCCCUACAGGGACUGGGAGGCGAAAGAAGGAUCGAAACGCGCCCAGGCGCGGGCUAUCUGCCUACAUGUUCUUCUCGCAAGAUCACCGCGAGCAGAUGAAGAGAGACCAUCCCGAAGCAAGCUUCGGAGAGCUUGGCAACCUCUUAGGCGAGAAGUGGAGAAGCUUGAACGAUGAAGAGAGAAAUCCGUAUCUUAGGACGGCCGAACAAGAUAAGGCACGGUAUGAGCGGGAACUACGAGAGUAUAGAUCGGUCAACAGCGAGCGGUAG